UGAAGCAGAGUCACUCGCUCCGCACCAAUACGCUAAAGUGGUCGCCACCAAGAUAUUUUGGCUUCCAUUGCUCAAAGAAGCAAAUGACAGAUAUAUUCUUUACUUUGCUUGAGCCUUGAGUUGUAUAAUUGUAUUGAACAAACAAUUCUUCAAACUUGAACAGUUUCAUAUCAUGAUGGAUACCCUUUCAAGGAUUAGAUUCCUCCCUGCUUGUUACAACCUUCAUCUCCCUAAAAUUUAUACCUUGUCUCGUUUUCCACGUGCUUUUUUUUCUACCAAAACAAGUACCCCAUUUGUUUCAGUCUUAAGAGCUGGUCCUUCUUCACCUUCAGUGAGUGAUGCAGAAGAGGAUGUGUUGCAAAUAUUUUUUAAGGAAAGGGAACUAAAUGGGGAUUUUAUAUCAAGAGCUUCUGAUAUAUUGUGGCAGAGGAAGUUAAGAAAUGCUGUUGAUUCUGAUAUUAACAAGAACACCGACAACACUUCUCAGCAAUCAGAUCAGGAGCAGUUCAUAGAGAGUAAUAGUGAUGAUGGUUUUUUGAAACUUUCAAGAACCCAUGAGUGGGUAUUAGGUGACAUAUCUGCUCCAAUAAACAAGAAAGUGACUGCUAAGAUGUUACAGGACAGCAGUGCAAGAAGGAAGAAAUUAAACAUUCUCAAAUAUGAAUCUCUCAAGAGGGAAAUAUUGCUUCUAUCUGUGGGUAUUGGACUGGCUUGUAGUGGAUAUUGCUUGAUAACUUUGUCAGUGCAGGCGGCUAUAAGUUAUGCGAUUGGAGUCCUUUUCAGUUGCUUGUACCUUCGCCUCUUGUAUCAACAUGCAGACAACCUAUCCAGUGAAACUGUUCCUCGAAUAUUCACAAAAAAGAAGUCAAAGAAAAUUGGUAUAAGAAGUGAGGACCUUCAAGAUUUAUUGGAGGUGUCGAUCAAGGGUUGCAGUAUGUCACUUUCAUCUCCAAGGCUUGUGAUUCCAGCAACAAUUUUUGGACUUUGGGUUCUGUCUCAUCAAUAUUUAACCAGUAACUUCUUUGAUUUUCAGCUUGUGCCGGCCAUGUUUGGGAUGUUUGUAUACAAGGCUGCAGUUCUAGUGCAAGUGUAUAGAGACAAUGAAGACUUGCAGCUUGUGUUUCCAGAAAACGGGGAUGGCUAAAAUGAUUGAAGUAUUUAUUUGGCUGUGCUCAAUACAGGACACCACUCCCUACAUCCUCGAAUAUUUGAAAUGAAGUGCUACAUCCAGAAUUGUCCACACAGAUUAAAACCCUUCAAUGCUUGUGUCUUCAUGGUGAACCCAUUAGAGAGAUGAUAAAUGAGUAUAUUAAUGUGUUGAACAAUUCAAAGAAAAAAAAAAAAGGAAUUAAAUUGAUGAGUGAGGCUUUUCUCCUUUUAUGUUUAUUAAACUAGAGGUGUUUUUGUACUUAAAAGAAAAAAUAAAUAAAUAAAUUCUCCGGGGUUCUUGAAUAUUUUUCCUAGUUGUAUAACUUAUAAUGGACGUCAGUUUGGUCACAGAGAUACUUCACUCCUUUUUUGACACUGAAAUUUGAACUUGUAACAUCCCUCAACCCACUCUUAGCCCACUCUUAAUGGCUUUUACUUCACUCUCUAAUUGCCCGUGAUAAUGCUGGUUUUUCUGAGGGCAAUGCAGAUUCGUCAUACAACAAUUGUGCAGGUUUUUCCGAUGGU